AGCAUCUGGAAACAUCGAUUUUAGUUCCAGCUCUAAAAAUUGCUGCUCGCAAGCAGCGAAACAAAAUAACAAAUAAACAAUAAGUGCACCGAUAUAGACUACUCGUAAUUACGUGGACUAAAGAGAGGGCGGGAGUGGCAUAUUGUGCAAUAACAAACCCACCAUUUGUUUGGCCCACGAAAACUGAACUAAGAAUCCCGCAUACACACAUGCAGCCGCACACAGGAGACAACAAUCACACACACAGGCGCAAGUUGUAGGAGCACCCGAGCAAGAAGAAGAAGCAGAAGGUAAGGCGCAGAACCGCAACUCCCCCGAGAAGGGAAGGUCACUCAAUAGGGACGAUAACAACGCGAAGGAGGAGGAGUACCAAAACCAGACACACUUUCAGACACUAAAUGGCAGAUGGAAAUAGGCUGCCAGCGGGUGCAGCUUCCGGCGGUAUGGAAGCCGGACAGACAGUAAAUGGGGCCGGAUCUGCCAGCCCCACGCCCACCUCAAGUUCGGGGGCUGGGGCUAGUGGGAGUGCCAAUCAAGGAUACCAUCAAUUAAGCGUGACAAUCAAGGAGGCUUCGCUGCGGAACAAUGGCUUUCUCAAACCCAAUCCCUACGUGGAGCUGCUGAUCGACAGCAAAAGCAAGCGAAAGACGGACCUGGUCAAGAACAGUUAUCUGCCCAAGUGGAACGAGGAGUUUACGGUGCUGAUUACACCCAAGUCCCAGCUGCACUUUAAAGUUCUGGAUCAUUCCAGUUUUCGCAAAGAUGCCAUGUUGGGCGAAAAAGUCAUCUACUUGGCGCCCAUCCUAAAGCAUUACAACGGGCGCUGCGAGUUUCUUGAAUUGACUAUGGACCUGUAUGUCACCAGUAAAUCGGACAACCACGAAACGAAAAGCGGCGAACUAGUGGCUGUCCUCAAUGGCCUUAAACUGGAUAUGAGCAAGCUGCAAUCUCAGUCAGUUCAGGGAGUCCAACAGAAUGGAAAUUCACCCGUCCAGGCAGUCAAUCCGUCGAUGGCUAGUGAUGCUGCCGCCGGUCGCAGCUGUGAGAUUUAUGGUGGUUUGCGGGCACGGAUGCGGCUGGGCUCAAGUAGUGGCAAUAGCAAUGGUGCAGAAACCCGCUCUCCUUUGCCGAAUGGAGGCUCGGAUCACAGGAGAUCUGCGCCCGCUCCACCAGUGUGGGAACAGCAGCAACAAUCCCAAAAUCAACAUCAACCCCUGAGGAUGGUCAAUGGUAGUGGAGCAGCUGUGCCACAGACAGCGCCUUAUCCUCAACAACCUCCAGCUCCCGUACUUGCACGUCCUCUAACUCAAGUAUACGGAGCCUUGCCGGAGAACACCACACCAGCUGCUGUUUAUUUGCCAGCAGAUGGAGGAACAGCAGUAGUAGCACCUGGAGUCGCAGGGCCACCUAUAGAACAGCCCGGAGUUGGACUGCCUGUGAGCCAAAGUACAGAUCCGCAAUUACAAACGCAACCGGCAGAUGAUGAGCCUCUGCCAGCUGGUUGGGAAAUCCGCUUGGAUCAAUAUGGACGUAGAUACUAUGUGGAUCACAACACACGGUCCACUUACUGGGAGAAACCAACGCCUCUGCCUCCGGGCUGGGAGAUUAGGAAGGAUGGGCGCGGUCGAGUUUAUUACGUUGAUCACAACACAAGGAAGACCACCUGGCAACGGCCGAAUAGUGAACGCCUUAUGCACUUCCAGCACUGGCAGGGUCAGAGGGCUCAUGUUGUAUCCCAGGGCAACCAGCGAUACCUGUACUCCCAGCAACAACAGCAACCAACGGCGGUGACCGCCCAGGUGACGCAGGACGACGAGGAUGCAUUAGGACCACUGCCAGAUGGCUGGGAGAAGAAGAUACAAUCAGACAACCGAGUGUACUUUGUGAAUCACAAAAACCGAACCACCCAGUGGGAGGAUCCACGCACCCAAGGUCAGGAAGUAAGCCUAAUUAACGAGGGGCCUCUUCCACCUGGCUGGGAAAUUCGUUACACUGCAGCUGGUGAGCGCUUCUUUGUGGACCACAAUACGCGACGCACCACCUUCGAGGAUCCUCGACCAGGAGCACCGAAGGGUGCCAAGGGAGUGUACGGAGUUCCACGCGCAUACGAACGAAGCUUCCGCUGGAAACUGUCUCAAUUCCGGUACUUGUGCCAGAGCAACGCUCUGCCAUCGCACAUAAAGAUUACGGUGACGCGACAAACCUUGUUCGAGGAUUCCUAUCACCAGAUCAUGCGUCUACCCGCGUACGAACUCCGAAGGCGCCUCUAUAUCAUAUUCCGUGGCGAGGAGGGACUGGAUUACGGCGGAGUUUCUCGCGAGUGGUUCUUCUUGCUUUCCCACGAAGUCCUGAAUCCCAUGUACUGCUUGUUUGAAUAUGCGAACAAAAACAACUACAGCCUGCAGAUAAAUCCCGCCUCCUAUGUGAAUCCUGAUCACCUGCAGUACUUCAAGUUUAUUGGCCGAUUUAUUGCAAUGGCCUUAUAUCAUGGAAGGUUUAUCUAUAGUGGAUUCACAAUGCCAUUUUACAAACGCAUGCUGAACAAGAAGCUGACCAUCAAGGACAUCGAGACGAUCGAUCCAGAGUUCUAUAACUCUCUUAUAUGGGUAAAGGAUAAUAACAUCGACGAGUGCGGCUUGGAGCUGUGGUUCAGCGUAGAUUUCGAAGUUCUUGGACAGAUAAUCCAUCACGAGUUGAAGGAAAACGGCGAAAAAGAGCGUGUGACGGAGGAGAACAAAGAAGAGUAUAUCACGCUAAUGACAGAGUGGCGAAUGACGCGUGGCAUUGAACAGCAGACAAAAACUUUCCUGGAGGGCUUCAAUGAGGUGGUGCCUCUGGAGUGGCUCAAGUACUUUGAUGAGCGCGAGUUGGAGCUGAUCCUGUGCGGCAUGCAAGACGUGGACGUGGAGGACUGGCAGCGCAAUACUAUUUACAGGCACUACAACCGCAACUCUAAGCAGGUCGUCUGGUUCUGGCAGUUUGUUCGUGAGACGGAUAAUGAGAAGCGGGCUCGUCUGCUGCAGUUUGUGACGGGUACGUGUCGAGUGCCGGUCGGAGGAUUUGCGGAGCUGAUGGGCUCCAACGGACCACAGCGCUUCUGUAUCGAGAAGGUGGGCAAGGAGACUUGGUUGCCGCGCUCACACACCUGCUUCAACCGAUUGGACCUGCCGCCGUACAAGAGCUAUGAUCAGUUAGUGGAGAAGCUGACUUUUGCCAUUGAGGAGACUGAGGGCUUCUGCCAGGAAUGAGUGGCAGUCGAUUUGUGGUCGGUUUGUUGAUUAAUGUUUAAUUCCAGUUGAGCGCCUACGUUACCGUCCCCGCUCCCUCACCCAGUCCCACUCUUCCUAUUACCCAUUCCCAUUCGACGACCACGUUGCGUUAAAUAGUUACUGUUAUUAUUAUUACAUACGUAUGUAUUACUUCUGUAUACUGUAAAAACAAAAACUCUUUUGUCUAUUCCUAUGUUUGCUAUCAAUAUAAAGAGAAAGAUUUGUUUAAAGUGCGAAAAUUUUUAAAAACGACAUAUGUAUGAAUGUAUUGAAAGCCUAUUUAAGACUUAUUUAUAAUCUGUUAGAUAUAAUUUAACUAUUCAACUAUAAAUAUUCUUUGUAGAUUUCAAGUAUGUUUUGAAUGAUUCUACUCUGUUAAUAAUUUUAUAUCUCUAUCUUCAAAUGUAAUUGUCGAUACAUUUUCCCAUCUCGUUAUUACGCCGAUGCAUAAAAGCACUUUUAAGUUCAACUGAGCCGUCAAAAAUGGAAAAACACAAAACUCCCCCCGAAAAAAUGCUAUUAAAAUUGUUUUAUAUUAAUGGCAAUUAACUAUACAAUUAAUACACCGAUAUGUUAAAGGUAAAGUUGUUACCGACAUUUUUGUAGGGAUCCCUCGGUUUUGGCUCUCAAAAAGCUGCUCAGCAAUCGCAACUAAAUGUUACGAGUUCGCCAUAAGAUUGCACUUAAAUUGCUUCUAGUUCAAUUGUACAACGAGCCCCGGCUUGCAUGUUUUAACUACAAUUUGUGAAUUUAUAUUUAUAUUAACACACUCCACUUGUAAAUAGUUUACUCAACCGAAUUCAAAUUGUUAACGAACUGAGUUUGGUUUACUGGCAAACUGUUUUUAACUGUUCAAUUGUUUGUCAAGUAUACACAAAAAUCUAAAUAGAAACUAUAUUUUAAACAUUGUAUAUCCCACACACUAACAAACAACACAUACUGGAGAUAUCGUGAGAACUUGAAACACCGCAAAGCAAACAAAAUACGUUAGGUUUUUAACAGACAAACAAAGUAUACACUUAAACGAAUAAUAAAUUCAAAUAGCAAUUAUUGUUGUUAACAAAACUAAAGGUAGCAAAGGAGGUAUUGGCGGCAGCGAUACAUAUAUUAAUUAUGCUACCUAAAUGUGCAGACUAAGACAAAUCGGAUAGAAAUGAGGAUGAUCGGCGUAUAUAGGGUUGAUUGUGAGCGAUUACAUAUUACAUAUUAAAUAUAUAUUAUAUAUUAAAUAGAUUUUAUUUAGUUUAAUGCAAUGUGUACUGUACUAUAUAAAAUAAAUGCAAAAUUAUUUAGUGAUAGUUGAUGUAAUUAUUCAUGAUG